CCGGGGGAGUACACGUACGCGCAGCCCCAGACGUAUGCGCAGCCCCAGGCGUAUGUUCAGCCCCAGGCGUAUGCGCAGCCCCAGGCGUAUGCGCAGCCCCAGGCGUAUCAGUACGCGCAGCCCUCCUACCAAUAUGCGGGCGAGCAGCAGGUGCCAGCCCCCGCGGCGUACCAGUUCCCCACGGCGGCGUCCAUGGUCGCGGCUCCGCAGAUGGGGCUGCAGAGCGCUCCCUCGAUGGUGGCCUACCCGAUGUACGCGGGCCAGACCCAGCAGAUGCACAUGCCUGGUGCAGCCAUGUCGCCGUUCAUGGGGGCUCCGAGCGGCUUGCCUGAGGCAGGGGUGUCAGAUUCUUACGCGGGCACGAAGCCCGGGGCGGAUGUUGCGCCUGCCACGUCGGCGCCCACAGGAAUGACAGGAACCGGAUCCGCUGGUCCCCCCAAGAAGCUCUCAAGCAAGAAGGUGACAGGCACGAAGACAGGCGCCAAGAGCAAGAAGAAGAAGGGCGGCUGCUGCUGAGGACAUGGCGGGAUGCCUCUUCCUUGUGCAGCUUGUACUCUAUCUCCUUCCAGCCGCGCCUCAAUAUAGCUAAGUAAUAGUCUCGGUCACGCGCCUUGACUGUCCGAGAUGCCUCGUGGCCUGCCACCGCCUGUCCCCCGAGCUAGGUGGCCGAACGGUGGCGUCCAAGGGAAGCAC